CAUACCAACAAACCACCUCUGAAAUUAGUCCAAUUUUCUCUGUGGUGAUGGCCAAAAGAAUGCCUACUAAAUUCUUCUUUCCUUCCAUCUUAGCCAUAAUUCUAUGUCUUAUGCCAUCAAAAAUCCACUCAUCAACCCUUCAAAAUGAUACUCUAGCCCUUAUUGAAAUAAAACGUGCCAUUGAUCCCAACUCAGUGUCCCCAGCUUCCUAUCUGAAUACAUGGGACUUCACAGUGGACCCAUGUGAAAGCACUGGCUCAACAUUUCUUGGAAUAUUGUGCAAUAUGCCUCUAGAUAACUCCCCUAGUAGAGUAACAGCAAUUGAUCUUGAUGCCAUUGGUUAUGAAGGAUUUUUAACCCCAGCUAUUGGGAACCUCACAGAGCUGACAGUACUCAACCUUGACAACAACAAAUUUCGAGGGCCAAUACCAGAAACCAUUACCAAACUAAGAAAACUAACCAGACUUACUAUGUCAGAAAACUUCUUCACUGGGGCCAUUCCCAAAGGAAUCAGUGAACUCAAGAAUCUUCAAUAUCUAGACGUUUCUAGGAACAGACUUUCAGGCUUAAUCCCUCCAAAUAUUACUAGCUUGAGAAGCUUAAACUACUUGAGCUUGUCAAACAAUGGUUUUGCAGGCAGAAUCCCUGACCUCAUAGGGCUGUGGCAACUCAACACAUUAGACCUUAGCAUGAACCAAUUCUAUGGGGGCAUUCCAAAUCUUCCAGUGAGUUUAAGAAAGAUGUAUUUCAGCCAUAACAUACUUUCAGGGCACCUUACAUCUCUUAAGGGUCUCAUACACCUCAAAUGGCUUGAUGUCAGUGACAAUAGGCUUUCAGGUGCCAUUAGCAGGGAUAUACUUUCCAUGCGUGAGGUUGUUCACCUCAAUGUUUCUUUCAACCGCUUUUCAACAUUAGAGGCCAUCAAUUAUGCUGCUGGGCAUGGACCAAAGCUUCAAGUGCUUGAAGCUCAAGAUAACCAUUUGAGUGGUCAUUUGCCAGUGAAUUUGGUGACCUUAAUGAACUUAACUGCAAUUAAUUUAUCAAACAACCAAUUCUCUGGUAUCAUUCCAAAGGAAUAUGGAACAAAACUGCAGACAUCAUGGAGAAGAUUGUAUUUAGAUCACAACUUUCUCAGAGGAAAUCUUCCUUCAGAGUUUGCUCACACAACAGGAAACAUUAAAGGUAGCCUUGCAAACAACUGCCUCAGGUGUCCAACACAUGUUCUUCUUUGCCAUGGAGGACAAAGACCCGCUGCAGAAUGUGUCGGGAACCGUAAUGCAUGA